AUCAAUCCAAUAAAUAUGUCUCCCAGACAGAAACAUGUUUACCUCUUAGCCCUCUUCACAGUUUGUCACCAAGUUGGGCGAACAGCUGCCGUAUCUUGUGGCGACGAGUGGACCACCUUCGAAGAUUCAAAAUGUCUAAGGUUCUAUGAUAAUUUUGAAACUAAAGAUGUAGCAAUCCAGACGUGUGCAUCCAUACCAUCAGAACCGACUAACACGGCACGCCUUCUAUCCAUAAAAUCACAAUCGGAGCAGAAUUUUCUCAACACGUGGAUAUUUCAGGAUUUGGGGGUACUGAACAGCGUUUGGUUGGACGGAAAUCGAUUUAACGGCACUCAGUUCGUCUGGGCGGACGGGGACGCAAUGUCGUUCACAAAUUGGAACGACGGAUUUCCCACGAAUCAAACUGCCGACAAUCUCUGCAUUGAUAUGUCGCCCAAGGCGAAUUUAAUGGGACAGGGUGCCACUGAGGUUGGAAAGUGGAAAGACGUCUCCUGUUCGAAACGAAAUUUAGUCGUUUGUGAAAAGAAGCCAAUGUUGACCGAUAACCCGGUUCCGAUUGGAUUCAUCUAUGUCCAGCUGCCACUUCAUCCCUCACCACACACGGUGUGGCCAAGUGUCAUUUGGCGCGAUGUCUCGAGCAGUUACGCCGGGUUGUUCUUCCGGACCGAGGGUGGCACUGCCGCUGCUUUUGGGACAAUACAGGCUGAAAGCAGCAAUUAUCUUGGUUUCGUUGGUUUCCAAUACUCCCUCAACGAGUAUUCUCGAUCCAUUCUGGUUCCGAGUACAGGGUGGUCAAGCAUCAGUAAUGCAGGGUUUGCUCUACUGCAAUCUGAUAUGUAUGAGGGAUUAAACUUUCGAAAUACUGGAUCCGAGACUCGUCCACAAAAUAUGGCUGUACGAGUAUGGAUGAGAGUAUAGGUAGUAUAAAUAUAUACAAAUAUAUGUGCUCAUUGCUCUAAUAUAACCAACCAAUAGUCAAUUAUAAAAGUUAGAACUGAAAUUCCAUUAAUUGUUCCCAGUUACACUUUCUGUAACUUCUUAGUCGUUUUGGUAUGUAUUUAGGUAGCUCCAGGCUACGUUAUUUAAGACCUUGCCCCCAGGAUGUCUUUGAAACGUGCCCCUGCUAUGGUUUAAUUAAAGUGAUACAUAUUUAGUAAGUUAUUUCAUUCCUUAUUGGAUUAAAAAUAAAUAUACUCCAUAGUUUUAAUCACUGCUGACUUUUCUUUGUAAUUAAUUCAUACGUGUGCAAUACAUUAAUCGUAAUAAAAGAUUAUUCCAUGCA